ACACAGUUCACCCCGGGCGAACUUCGCGUAGAAAGCACGUGUUUAAAGAGCUUUGAGACUAUCGAAGUAUCGUUCGCGUUUAAAAUUGGAACAAAAAAAUUUAAUCGUCGUUCCUCGUGCGAAUUUAACAGUCCACGUGUUUCAAGAAGUAUUAUAGAACGUGGUAAAGUACCGGAAACUGUGGAGAUAACAAUGGCGGCCGUCGGAUCAGUCGCGGCGUACUUUUUUGCGAUAGGCGACGACGCGUCGGCGUCGGUGGCGGAGUCGUCGAGUUUUCGCAGAGCCGGUUAAACUGUGGAAAUUAAAUCCGAUUUAAUGCGAGCGAAAUGUCUAGUGCGAGGGUGGCCACGUCGGUUUGCAAGCCUGACGGUUACGUGAACGGUUACCGAACACACCAGGCUCCCCAAACGUACAACACGUCUUGGCACGUACGGGAACCACCGACGUACGGCUUAGACCACACACUUCAGACGGAAAGUAAAGAAGAGGCGGAUUCCUGCUGCAAAUGUUUGCCGAAAACUGAUUUGCCUCAAGACCAGGCGACGAUGAGGUACAACAAUCCUCAAUCUGCCACGAAUGUAGUCGCCUCUUACGGCGUCUACCACGACGCCGGUCUUCGUAAUGAAGACGACGAGGAUGGCUUCAUUCCUCGAUCUAACGCCUACAGAGGCGUCGUCGUAACCGCCGCCGGCGGAACCAGCGUCGUGGCGCCCAACGACCAACUUCCGCCCGAUUCGGAAACGUGCGGCUGGUGUGUUAACCCUCGAUCGCAGAGUGCGACGUCCACGGAGUCCUGCUGGACCCCAUGGUGCAAACCCACAAUCCUCCUACUGAUCCUAGUGCUGCUAGUCAUCGUUUUCGUGUUGGUCUCCGGCGUUCUCCUCUAUUUUAACUAUUCAGCUCAUAAGCCGAAGCAACAAUUUAUCGAAGAACCAUGCGAGAAGAUGUUCUGCAACUGGGGAGCCCAGUGCAUCACCGGCGCAGACGGCAGGCCUUACUGCCAGUGCCAGACACACUGCAGGCCCUUCACCGAUCCCGUUUGCGGAACUGACGGCAAAACAUAUCCCAAUCAGUGUCAGCUGCGGGUCGCGUCUUGCAGAGCAAGGCUGAACACCAGAAUACGGCAUGCCGGAGAAUGUUCUCCUUCUGAGCAAAGUGACCCCUGCCGGGACAAACAGUGUGGCUUUGGAGCGAAGUGCGUGCCGACUCCAGAUGGACGCAAUUUCACCUGCCAAUGCCCGGAUAAGUGCCCCAACUAUGGGGAUCACUCGAUGUCCCGACCCGUUUGUGGCACAGACGGCGCAGAUUACAAAGACCAAUGUGAACUACGAAAGAACGCUUGUACUACCAACGCCAAUAUAACGGUCAAGUUCUAUGGAAAGUGUGAUCCUUGCGCUGGCGUGAGGUGUGCGGAACCCGAAGUGUGUCAACUGGAUGACCACCGUAACCCAAUAUGCAGAUGUGGAGAAUCGUGCGCCCUAGAACUAACCCCCGUGUGUGGAAGCGAUGGAAAGACGUACCCCAACGAGUGUUCUUUACGACAGGAAUCCUGCCGGAUGAGGAAAACGUUGCAUAUCAUCUAUAGAGGAAAAUGCAGUUCAGGCGUUAACCCUUGUAUGAGCGUCAAGUGCACGCUAGGAGAAGAAUGCGCCAUCAAUAAGUUCGGAAUAGCAAAAUGUGAAUGUCCGCCUUCCUGCGAACCCGUAAUGAGACCGGUUUGUGCCAAAGACGGGAGAACUUAUCCAUCGGAGUGUGAGAUGAAGAGGUCGGCGUGUAACUCCAGAACGACUAUUCAAAUAGCCCAUGCAGGAGUUUGCGGAGAAGUAGGACCCUGCAGUAACCAUGUGUGUUCCCACGGAGCGUCUUGCGUAGCCACAGGAAAUGUACCCCAUUGCGAAUGUCCGAUUUGCCCCGCAGAAUUCGAACCGAUUUGCGGCUCCGAUGGGAUAACUUAUGGAAACGAGUGCAAACUAAGGCAGGAGGCAUGUAAGCACCAGUCAGAGACGAGGGUGUUAUAUUACGGAUCUUGCAAUGACUGCGAGAACAAAAAGUGCGAUUUUCACGCGUCCUGUGAAAGCGACGGAGCCGAGACCCGCUGCGUCUGUCCCGAAACUUGCAAAGAUGAGUUGAACAAAGGAUUAGUUUGCGGAACAGACGGUAUCACGUACCCCAGCGAGUGCGAGAUGAUGAAAACGUCCUGCAAAACCAAACAGUACAUACUAGUCGCUUACAAAGGGGAUUGCGACCUUUGUAAGGACGUCGAGUGCAAGUUUGGGGCGAGAUGCGAGGCGGGCCAAUGCGUCUGCCCUACGGACUGCCAGGGAUCAGGUGACGAACCUGUCUGCGCCUCCAACAUGAUCACCUAUCCGAACGAAUGCGAACUUCAAAAAGCCACUUGCCAACUGCCUCGGGACGCGUCCCAAUUAACGGUCGUUUUCUACGGGGAUUGCAGAGAAAGAUAUCCCAUUGCAUUAACGACACUUUCCUCUCCGACCGCACUCAACACCGCCGGAACCAUUUCUUUAGAAUUCGACCCUUUCACCGAAACGCCUACAGUAUCCGGGGCCGAAUCUUCCGCCGCCGAAAAGGAAGCUUGCAGAGACAUCCACUGCGACUUCGAGGCUACUUGCGAGUUAGGUCCAGAUAACUUCCCCAGGUGCACGUGCCAAUUUGACUGCGCUAACGCCGCACUUGAAGCUUCAUCGAAACCCGUUUGCGCUUCCGAUCUCCGCACGUAUCCUUCCUUGUGUGCUAUGAAAAUGGAAGCCUGCCAACGACAAGAAGAGCUCAGAUUGCGCCCGUUAGAGCUAUGUCAAGGAAUGGAGGUCAAACCAUGUAACGGAGAGAAGCCGCUCUUGGAUGGCAACACAGGGAAACCCCUCGACUGCGGCAAUGGCCCCAACAGGCAAGAUUGUCCCUCCGGAAGCUAUUGCCAUCAAACGACACGUUUCGCAAGGUGUUGUCACAAAGAUCAAGCUAUUUCUCAACCGAAAACUUGCGAGGACAGCUGGUUCGGUUGUUGCCCCGACAACAAGACGCCUGCCCAAGGACCAGAUUACGCCGGCUGUCCGUCGCUAUGUAGAUGCAACCGUUUAGGAUCUUAUUCCGACAUCUGCGACCCAGAAACUCAACAGUGUCAUUGCAAACCGGGAGUCGGCGGAGAGAAAUGCGAUAGAUGCGAACCCGGAUAUUGGGGCUUACCCAAAAUCUCCUCUGGCUAUCAAGGAUGCAUCCCUUGCGCAUGUUCAACUUUUGGUUCCGUUAGAGACGAUUGCGAACAAAUGACCGGUAGGUGCGUCUGCAAACCAGGCAUACAAGGCCAAAAGUGCACCGUUUGCAAUAAUCACGACAAAAUCCUUGGCCCCAACGGUUGCGUUUCCGCCGAUUUAGUUUCGCCUCCCCCAAUAUCUUGCAAAGACUUAACGUGCCACUUUGGGGCAACGUGCAAAGAGAAAAAUGGUUUAGCUUUUUGCGAAUGUCAUUCCGAAUGUCCCGAAGAACCGAAUCCUCAAAUCGUUUGCGGAAAUGAUGGCCAAACGUACUCUUCAGCUUGCCAACUACGAUUAUUAGCGUGCAGAACCCAAAAGGAUAUCGUAGUACAAGCUUUUGGAACGUGCAAAGAAGAUAUGUUUGCCGGAACAGAUUGGCCCGUUAAGAGAUACACCCCCCAACAAUUUACCCAACCUGACGACUCAAAUUCCCCACUAUCGAAAUCAACACGUCAUUUAGCUCCGGAUUCACGGUAUUAUUACGAAAGGAAAGAAUUGAUUCGACCCCCGCAAGGUGCCCCUUACUCUUUGGAUCCCAUCGACGAGAAUGAAACUCCCGAAAACAACCUGUCUCUCGCAGGAUCGGAUAACAUUUAUAAUUCCCGCGUAGGAAACUACGCCGCCGCCUUCAGGCCCACACCAGCAACGGUGCAAGUAACAGCUCUUUUGGGGGAUCUAUGCUCUGAUAAUUCAGACUGCUUCAUACCUUACAGCAAUUGCGUACGCGGUGCGUGUACAUGUCUUCCAAAUUACGUUGAAUCAACUGAUCGACAAGAAUGUAUAGCUGAUAUAGUUCCAACCGAUGAGUAUAGAGCAUGCAGUUCAACGCCGUGUUAUUAUUAUUCAAGAUGCAUCGAUUUACCAUCAGCAACAUUCAAGUGCGUUUGCUCGGCAAAUUAUACGGGGAUCUACUGUGAGAAUUUAAUCAUCUUCAAAGAUUAUGAUGUACCAGCCUUCGAGGGUAGAUCCUAUGUCAGACUGGAACCACUAAAAGCGUAUCACAAGCUCAGCAUCGAAGUCGAGUUUAAAGCGUACGCGUACGAUGGCAUAAUUCUUUAUAACCAACAAAGAGCUGAUGGAAGUGGCGAUUUUGUUUCGCUAGCUCUCGUAAACGGAUUUGUUCAAUUUAAAUAUAAUUUGGGGAAUGGUCCUGUAAUAAUUACGUCUUUAGAUCGUAUUCAGCUGAAAAGGUUUCAUAAAGUUAUUAUUAAGAGGUACCAUAGGGAUGGAAUAUUGAAAGUGGACGACAACGAAGAUGUGGCCGGACAAUCGCAAGGUAAUCUUCGAGCUUUGGAUCUUGAAGAAGAUGCUUUUAUUGGAUAUGUUCCGUCCAAUUACUCAAGGGUAUACGAGAACGUUGGCAUCGACAGAGGACUACAGGGUUGUAUUAGACGGUUAAGGAUCGGGAGGCGAACGGUUGAAUUACACCGGAAUAGAGAAUUGGUCAUAAAGACCGAGGGGGUCCAUGAAUGUGGGGAAAGUCCAUGCUCAAGUGUCCCCUGUCAAAACGAUGGCAUAUGUAAAGCCCUUAAUUCAGAAUCGUACAAAUGCGAAUGUAAACCGACGUACGUCGGUGAUUUUUGUGAAAAAACCGUCGAUGGAUGCAUCUCAAACCCGUGCCAAGGAGGCUCUACCUGUGAUUCUCUGCCAAACGGGAAGUUCCUCUGCAGGUGCCCUCCGGGGAGACGAGGAAAAACUUGCGAAAUUGUUGAUAACGAAAUCGAUAUAUCCAUCCCGGAGUUUAACGGCUCCAGCUUCGUUGAAUUCCCCAAACUGGAGGGGAUCGGAAAGUCCUUCACCUUCGAAGUAUUCUUUCUUUCAAAAGUUAACAACGGACUCAUCUUGUACAACGGGCAAAUGAAAAACGGCAGGGGUGACUUUAUCUCACUCAACCUCGUACAUGGAUACGUUCAAUUUCGGUUUAACUUGGGAAGUGGAAUUGCUAACAUCACAUCAAAAGAAACAAUAAUACCAGGAAAUUGGCAUUGGAUUCGAAUAACACGAAACGGAAGGGAUGGAACCCUUCAAUUAGACAAUGCAACAAUAGUGAAAGGUCAUUCGGGGCAACCAUUAACAGAAUUAAACCUCGAUCUACCAUUCUUCAUAGGAUCGGUUUCGUCGUGGCAAGAAGUCCAUCGUUUGGCCGGAAUUUCGAAGGGAUUUAGAGGGGCAAUCCAAAGAAUCGUUUUGAACGGUAACCCUCUCCCGCUAUCUGGAAAUAUGCUUCCGUGUUCUUUCAUCCCGCCCAAUAACACCGGAUGUGGUUAUCAAAUCCGCGUUUAUGACGGUACGCCCUGUCCGAUAAGCAAAAAUCCUUGCCAAAACAACGGAUUAUGUCUCCCACAUUUAAAUGAUUACAUAUGUCAGUGUCACUCUAAUUAUGAAGGAAGUCAUUGCGAAAACGAAAAACAUGAAUAUUCAGCAAUCAAAUUUAAUGGAAACACAUUUCUGCAAUACAAAAAUCGGGGAUAUAAAAGUGUAAACGGUACCAACAUAAAUUCGGAAUUAUCAGAAGAAUAUUCUUUGAACGAUGAUGAUGAAAUGGAAACGGAAAAUGAAUAUGGUUAUUUAGAAUAUGAGGAUAACAAUUUUUAUGAUACUAACACAAACGAUGACUUAGGGAAAAAGGAAGAACGUGGAAAUAGAUACGAACUGACGAUACGCACGUUCGUUUCCGAUGGACUUUUAUUAUGGCGCAGUAAAACGAAAAGUUUAAAAGAAGACUAUUUCUCCAUAGCUAUCGUCAAUGGACACCCAGAAGUCAGUUUUAAUCUGGGAAAACAAAAAGAUUUCUGGGUUGUAAGAGCGAAAUCUAGAGUUGAUGAUGGAAAAUGGCAUACAGUACACGUAAAAAGAAGAAAACGAAUAAUAUUCAUAGCAGUUGAUGGAGAAGAACCUAUGAAAGGUGUAGCUGAAAAAGGAGCAAUUUCUUUAGCAACUACAUCGAAAUUAUGGAUAGGUGGCAUGGGAAAUUUGCCAAGAGGUUUACCAGCCGCAUAUUAUAAAGGUUUCGAAGGUUGCAUUCAACGUAUAAACGUGAAUGUAAAGCCAUUGAAUAUGUUGAAACAUAGCAACACGAACGACAUUCACUUUUGCCAUGACAAUGAGGUCUAAAUCUUUGCUAUCACUUAUUAAAAAAAAUACUGAGACUGAUGUGUAUUUUCCAUUUUAUUCAAGAAACGAACAUUUCGUCGUUUUGUUUUUUUGUGAUGUCGCGUCGUUGCAACAAUAAAAAAAAUGAAAGGAAACGAAUCAAACGUAUAAUUGUAAUUGAACGGAUGCUGUAAUCGAUUGAAGAUACUUUUGGUUCGUCUAAAAAAAUUUCAUGUGUAUCAAAGGAACGUAGUACCUUUUCUCGUGCAAUAAUGUUCACUUUUAGACAUAUCACCUAACUCUAUUCCGUAAAUAAAAUCCCAUCAUAACAUAUCUUGAAACCACGCGUUCGAAGUGUAAUUUGCCAAAGAUUAUCUUGGAAAAUCUUCCUUUAUUUUGAUACAUAUGAAAGUUUAAAAUGAAAGGGAAAUGUGUAAAUUAUUCUAGUUAGUAGCAUCAAUAGCCUUAAACUUAGAAAAAUUGACGGAAAGAGACGUGCUUCAGUUUUAAGAGGAAAUGAUAUAUGUAUUGUAUGUUGUUCACCUGCCAUAUUAUAAAUGUAUACCUUCGUAACGGGCAAUAAUUUAAAAAAACUUUGCUGACGAACUGAAUAUUAUAUGUGUAUGUACUUAUAUAUGUAAAUAUUAUUAUACGUUUAGCGUUAUUUACAUGAAAAAGAAAAACUAUAUGUAUGUUGUAUAUAUAUUACCUAAAGAGCUUAAAUAUAAUAUGUAGUAGAAUCUUAGGUACCGAUCGUUAAUCAUCAUAAAGUUUUAGUAUCGUAGGCAAAAUUUAGACAAAAAAAACUGUUUGAGGAUAAAUUAAAAAUGCAAUGAAAACCCAGUAUUUGUAACUUCUAGUAUUGUGUUUUAGCAAUUUUUAUUUAUACAAAAUAAAUGCCACGAAAUAUAUUUUUUUCCUACUAAGAA